UUUGCCAGGCAGCCUUAGAGAGGAGCGAGGAGGAUGGCAAUCGCAGCUCUGUCUCCAUAGCACCCAUCUCCUUGGGCCUCAGAGGAGGCUGAGCGGCUGCAGGCGUCCCCACAGCAAGCUCCACCAUGGUACCAAGAGAGCAUGCGGGCACCAGGAUGGGUCUGCUGCAACAGAGGUGCACCGGGCACUUGCUCUGUGCGCUGAGCCUCCUCAAAGCUGCCGGGACCUUGGCCUUGAUGCUCUAUGCACUGCUGUGGGAAGCCGGGAACCUGGUCAACCUCCCUGACAAACGCAUUGGCUUUUACAACUUCUGCCUGUGGAAUGAGACAGCCUGGGAGCUGCAGUGCCUGGACUACAAGCAUCUGCAGGUGAUGGUCAUCAGCCUACCAGGAAUGGCGCUAGCCAGGGUUUGUGUGGAUACCUGCCUGGUCCUUAGCAUCUUCUACCCCAUUUUUUUCGCACAUGCAAAGUGCCCAGAGGAAAAAGAAGGCUGGAAGAUGAUCCUCAUCAUACUCAUCACCAAGACAACAAUCCUGUCUGGAGGCGUGGGUAUGUUUCUUUUCCAAACCUCGCAGUGGAUUCAUCCCUGUGACUUCACUGGGGGCUUCCUGGCACUGCUUGGGACUCAGGCUCUGCUACUGCUCCACAUUCUCACUGCCACCACGUACCUCAGAUGGGCCAAGCACACACACACCCGUGUCAAAGGCAUUUGACAGAAGGCCCUGCCUACUGAGAUUUGACAGUGAAGAACAUGCAAGAGCUAUUGAUAACCUGAUUUAAAACACAACUCCCGCUAUAGCUUUAGCCACUGGCAGGAAUUCAAUCCCUAGUCCAUAGGCCCAUGUUCAGCCGUGCUCUCACACACGGCCCUGUGCAGCAGUCCUGCAGCGAGCCUGCAGCACACACCAACACCCACCACGCAGCGCAGAAGCCUCCCAGGAACAGCAGCGUGUAACACACACAGCUUGACCUGGGGCACAGGACUGAGGUGACAGUAUUUCUGGGCUUGAGCCACAGGACAGUGAAGGGGACAGACCAGAACCAGCACAUAGUGGACACAGCCCUCUGGUUCUAUCUUACCUAAGUACAGGCAGGCAGAGAAGCAAACAGGCUUCCUUUCUUGGAGUUGCCCAAAGACACUGCUCCUUCUCCACCUCCUGCACUGACCAGGGAUGCCCGUGAGGAAUUGUGACCUCAGGAGCUGUGGGUUCCACACUGACAUCACAGCAGUGUCAGCCCCAGAGAUGCAUAGGAAACACUCUCUUCAGCAGGAGCACCUGUGCUUCGCCUCCUGGAGUAGCAUCUGGAGUGACUCUAGUUCAUUAGGGUGAAGUGGCUCACAUCCAACCCCAUUAGCAGCAGCGCACCCGGAGGGGCAGCUUAACAACUUGCUGAACACAGCCCAAACGAGGAGAGUUUCCAUGAGGAAGCAGAGGAUUUUGGUGCAGAGCCCCAGCUUUGUCCCCACUGAUACUACAGGGCUGAGCCCAGCACUCCAGCAGCCUUUGAGACUCCAGAAAAACUGGUUCUGAGCGAGGGCACGUCACCACAAAGCUCAGACCAGCACAACCCCACACAGCGGUGUGCCCGGGGAGCAGGACCAGGGCUGGCAAAGGCCAGGGUGCAGUGCCCCAGGUGGGCCAUCAUAGCCCUGCAUGGGGUCUCUCUGCCAUGGUGCUGCACAGCACUGCUCUAUGCCAUGUCUGUAACCUCGCACAAAGAAGCACCUGCUUUUCUCCCAACCCUUUCAGGGACGUGAGGGUCUGUUUUCUCUCCUGCCGUGGUCUUGGUGUGGGGGAUGUGGUUGGUGAUGCUGCUUGGACCGAUUCAUUUCAAUAAAGGCUCUCAC